GUAAAUUUUUUGCAGGUAAAUUUGGUGUAAAUUUAAUUCAUAACCUCUCACUUUUCUACCCCCCUUCUUUUAUCUCUUCCACCGCAUUCCCUCGAAAGUUUUGCACAAGCUUGACGGGGAGUGUUUGAUUCCUCUACGACGCAUUAGUUCGGAUGUGAACAAGUACGGACAUGUUAUCGAUACAUUUUUUUUAAAUCGGCGACAGGUUGAAAGACAUGAUCAGGUGUUUGCUUUUCGUUUCCCUGUUGAUCCACUCGUCUUUGGCAGCAAAACCACCAAGUGAAGGACAGAAAGCAGCACCUCAGGCUCAGGGGCCUCCCUCGAAAAAAUGGCAGACUUUAACCGGUCAACAGCCUCUUGUUAUAGCGCGCGGCGGGCUUUCAGGGCUGUUCCCGGAAGCCAGCACCUACGCGAAUAAUAUGGCAAAGACCCUGAGUUUGCAGGGCUCUGCCUUCUUCUGCAAUCUGCAGUUAACGAAGGAUAGCGUCGGAAUAUGCCUGUCGAACAUUCUGCUUGAUAAUACAACAACUAUAUCUAUGUUCUACCCUAAGGGCCAAAAAACUUACAAUGUGAACGGGAAGGAUAUUCGCGGCUGGUUUGCGUUGGAUUUCACAGCUGAUCAGGUGUUAAACAAUGUGUCACUGACUCAAAACAUUUAUUCGCGACCAAGUCAGUUCGAUGGUAUUUUGCCAAUCGCUACUGUCGAAGAUGCUUUGGGAGCUAAGCCAGAUAAAUUUUGGUUGAAUGUGCCGUAUGAUGCAUUUUACAACGAACACAAGAUCAGCAUGGCAUCAUUUGUCGAAAAGGCAGCCAAAUUUGCACCUAUACCUUACAUCUCAUCUCCUGAGAUCGGAUUCUUGAAAGCCAUCGGUGGAAAAGUGAACAAAAUGAGGACAAAGCUCAUCUUCCAGUUCCUUGACCCCGAAGAAACAGAACCGACAACCAAGCAAAAGUACAGUGCGCUGGUGAAGCAGCUCGGAAUGAUCAAGUCAGUUGCAGCCGGAAUCCUUGUACCAAAAGAAUACAUAUGGCCUGUAAACAAAAACAAUUACGUGGAGAAAGCCACGACACUCGUGAAUGAUGCUCACAAAGAAGGCCUAGAAGUGCAUGCUUCCGGUUUUGCCAAUGAUGUUAUUCUCCCUUAUAACUACAGUUUUGAUCCCACAGCUGAGUACCUGCAGUUUGUCGAUAACUCUCAGUUUUCUGUUGAUGGUGUGCUGACCGAUUUCCCUCCUACAGCAUCAGAAGCAAUCGCGUGCUUUACGCAGAACAAGAACGAAACCAAGCCUAAGACAGGAUUUCCUUUGAUCAUAACUAGAAAUGGAGCUAGUGGAAUCUAUCCCGGCUGCACAGACCUUGCUUACAAGCAGGCAGUAGAGGAUGGGGCUGACAUAAUCGAUUGCUCGGUUCAAAUGUCAAGUGAUGGUGUUGCCUUCUGCUUAGACACUCCAGACCUCAACUCGGGCACUAACGCAUUGAGCCAAUUCAUGACCAAGAGUGAGACCAUCCCCGAACUUCAAGCAGAAGCCGGAGUCUUCUCCUUCCAACUCUCGUGGAGCGAUAUUAAGAGCUUGAAACCACAAAUGCAGAGCCCCUACGGAACCAAGGAAAAAAUAGUCAGAAAUCCGGCUAACAAGGACGCGGGCAAACUGGUGACCCUCAAUGAAUUCCUGGAGUUUGCAAAGAAAAAUGCAGUUACUGGAAUUUUGAUCAACAUUGAGUAUGCUGCAUACCUAGCAUCAAAGGCAGGACUAGACGUUGUGGGAACUGUAUCCUCUGCCUUGAGCAAUGCCACAUUCGACAAGCAAUCCACUCAGCAAGUGUUGAUCGAGUCGGAUGACACUUCCGUGCUGGCCAAGUUUAAAGACGCGAAAAACUACAAGCGAGUGCUCAACAUCAAGGAGAAGAUAAGCGAAGCAACCAAGGAAUCUGUGGCGGAGAUCAAGAAGUACGCAGAUGCAGUAACCAUCACCAAGGAUUCGAUCGUCAAGAUCACCGAUUACUUCAUUUCUGGCACGACCAACGUCGUCAAGGAAAUGAAGGCCGCGAACAUCACUGUGUACGCCCACUGGCUGAGGAACGAGUUCGUCAGUCUCAUGUUCGAUUAUUUCUCAGACCCCAUCACUGAGAUUGCUUCAUACGCUCAAGGGUUCAAGGUUGAUGGCAUUGUCACCGAUUUCCCCGGAACUGCCAGCAAAUAUAUGAGAUCCCCAUGCAGUGAUACGGACCCCAAGGCCAACGUCCCGUAUCCAAUCUUGCCAGUUGAACCAGGUGCACUGUCGGGUCUGAUCGGCCCCGAGGCAUUGUCUCCGGCGGAAGCCCCGAGCCCGGCUCUUCAGGUCUCGAAUGUGGUUGACCCACCGCUCCCCGGAGUGGCGAAGAAGAACGACUCCAGCUCCAGCCCCGGCUCCGGCUCCAACUCGGGUUCAUCUGAUGCAGGCUCCAAAUCUCCACCUGCUCCUGCACCUUCUGAUGAAAAGUCAAGUGCUUUUGCGAAUGGGGCCAGUUGCUGUGCUUCUCUAGUUGCUGUAACGGUGCUUUUGCUGGCGAAUUAAGUGCUUCUGAGAAUUAAUCUAAUAUUACGCGAGCGUUAUACACAUAACAUCAUCUCAUACAGUAUAGUAAAUAUUGGAAAAUUAGACAGAUUUAUUUCCGACUGGUUAAUUGUUUUGAUUCUUCAUUGUA